GGUUUAGUGGUCGUCGGUUGGCUAUCGGAGUCCAAAUUCGGAAAUUCCAGUUGCUUUGGUUUGCCUGCCCUUUUUGGCUGGUUUUGUGUGAACCAGCGACCAGUCGACUACCGAAUCUACUCGCCAACAACCGAGUCGACCCAGCCAUGUCCGUGACAGGCGAUCUUGAUCAGGUCAGAAAGGAAGACCCUUUCCUCAUGCACUACCAGCCAUCAGACCUCCGUGUCGCAUCGGAGUUCUUGACGAGGUGGCGCCCCUUCCUCUCCAGAGAUCUCUGUCAUAUGUGCAAUCAAAUCUUCUCCGACCGCAUCCGUUCUCUCGACCCAGAAGUUGAUGGUGAAGCAGAAGCUUUGCAUUCAGAUAAGAGUUUAACAUCUUUGUCUCGUAAUGAUGAGGAAUCAGAAGAGACCAAAGAAAAUUCUGAGGAUAACUGUGACACACAUUCGCAAGGUAGUUGCAGAGAUGGGGAUGAUACUAAUUCAUUGGGUAGUGCGAAAGAUAGGGCAAAUGGGUGCUGUGAACCCCACUUGGAAGCUUCUAGUAGUGGGUUAACCUCAGUAUCACCUUUUGUUGACACAACCCUAAGUCCUCGAAUAUCUUGGGCUGACAUGGCACAGGAAGAUGAGCUUGAAGAAGAUGAAGAGGAAGAGUCUGAAUUGAAUAAGCGAGUGGUUAAUAUGAGUCCUUUAAGUGGAGACUUGACAGUGACGAAAGUUAUUGAAAAGCCUAAGCUUUCUAGGGAUCAGAGAGAGUACAUUCGAUUCAUGAAUGUGAAAAGGAAGAAAGAUUUUAUUUGCUUGGAGAGAGUUAAAGGGAAGAUUGUUAACAUUCUUCAGGGGCUUGAACUUCACAAUGGCGUUUUUAGUGCUGCAGAGCAGAAAAGAAUAGUUGAACAAAUUUAUGCCCUUGAGGAGAAGGGCAAAAGGGGGGAAUUGAAAGAGCGGACUUAUUCAACACCCAAGAAGUGGAUGAGGGGGAAAGGGGGUGUAACCAUGCAGUUUGGUUGUUGUUACAAUUAUGCCACUGAUAAAAUGGGCAACCCUCCAGGCAUUCUCCAAAAAGAAACAGUAGACCCUUUGCCUUCUCUCUUUAAGGUUAUCGUUAGAAGGUUGAUCAUGUGGCAUGUUCUUCCUCCAAGCUGUGUACCUGACAGUUGCAUUGUGAACAUCUAUGAAGAAGGGAAUUGCAUACCUCCUCACGUUGACAACCAUGAUUUUGUCCGACCCUUCUGCACUGUGUCAUUUCUUGGCGAGUGCAAUAUUGUAUUUGGGUCGAACUUAAAGAUUUUGGAUGCAGGAGAGUUUGCUGGCUCAAUUGCUAUUCCCCUUCCUGUGGGGUCUGUUCUUGUUUUAAAUGGAAAUGGGGCUGAUGUGGCCAAGCAUUGUGUUCCUGCAGUUUCCACAAAGAGAAUAUCAAUCACGUUCAGAAAAAUGGAUGAAUCAAAGAGGCCAAUUGGGUUUGUUCCAGAACCUGAUUUGCAAGGGAUUCGGCCAUUAUCAUAUGAAACAGAUGAAGUGAAGAGGUUUGAUUCUCCUAAGUCUGACAGCCGUAUUAAAAGGCAGCCUUUUAGAAGAGAGGGUGAGGUAAAAGGCAGAGGACAUUCUCAGAGAAGUUAUGCCCAAUCAGAGCCACAUUACUCGACUCGGACAAGACAAGGGCCUAUUUAUAAGGGAAGGUCUAGGAUGAAUCCUGACAACUGAUGAGAGCUAAUGAGUGUAUAAGUUCGGGGGAUACACUUGUUAUUGGCCCGUCUGUUCUUCAAUAUCCACGCAGCUAUGUUCGAUUGUGGAUCUGAAAUGGUAUUUGAAGCAAGUAUUUUCUUGUGAAGUUUCUCUCAACUAAUGUAGAGGGGUUAUUUUAUUUGUGUACAUGAUUAUAGGUGUGUCAAAGGUUUCAUAAUGACUGGUGAUGCAUAUGAGUAGAAGUUGGUUUCAGUUUGCCAAAAGGGGUAGCUAAGAAUGAUUUUUUGCUAUUUUUGCUGAAUUGUUGGUGGGUUCUUGUUUGAUUAGUGAUUAACGAGGUUAUACUGGCUUGAAUCACAGAUGGAACCCAAUUACUUUGAAUUCUGUAGCUUUAGACUGCUCGUCUGAUGGGUUUGUUUCUUGGAGAUGCUGAGCUGCACAUUGACUGUACCGGCAUGGUAUCCAUUUGCUGUAUCAUAUUGAGUUUUUCCACCCUUUUUCCUCAAAUUAUAUUUCUACUGUAAUAUUUGUGAAAAUUACAAGAACUUGAGUAUUCAUUGUUACAUUAUAAAUACAGGCUUCCCUUAUGAUUUUCUGAUCAA